AUGAGCAUAAUAAAUAUGUGCCUUGUAUGUUCUACGUUUAAGAACAUAUUCUCAGAGGUGAACAUUCAGCAUCUGCUCAAAGAAGAACCCACUAUAUACCGCGCAGUGCAGUGCCGACGAAGAGAUAUGCUGCAUUUGUUGCUAGCUAAGUUCAAUGCCAAUCCCGAUGCUAAGUGGGAUGGAUCUACUCCUCUCAUGCUUGCAGUGGAAAUGCGGGAUCUGAAGACUGUCAACCUGCUCCUUACGCAUGGGGCCGAUGUCGAAUUCCACAACAUUUAUGGCGAGACUGCUUUGUCCAUCGCAAUCGAGCAAGGUAGCGAGCAAAUCAUCGAGCGACUUCUCAAAUGUUCAGAUAUCAACGUCAAUGGACCAGGGCCAAUGGUUCGCACUCCGCUGCUAGUAGCAUUGGACUACCAUCAAUUUCAUAUUUUCCAAGUCCUGAUCAAUGACACUCGGCUACAAAUCAACAUGUUUAUCGAAGAGAGCGACAACCCAGGUCGGACGAUACUUCAUUGGGCGGUGCGACAACGUGAAAGUUUUGCAGUUCGAAUGCUCUUGGACAAGCCUCAUCUUGAUAUCAACUUGCGAGAUUUGCGGGGAGACAAUGCGUUACUUCUAAAUGUGAAAGAGCAUAAAAGAGGUGAUAACACAAGGCUGCAAAUUGCCGAUUAUCUGAUGAGGCAUUCUGAUAUCGACAUAAAUUUCCAAGACAGAGAGGGGCGUUCUGCUCUCUGGCAUGCAGUAAGCUCUGAUUGUCAAAAGAUGGUUCUGGCCAUUUUGGAACACGAAGAAACCGAUAUCAAUUUGAACGACCACGAAGGAAUUACUCCUCUCACAAGAGCUGUAGAGUAUGGUAAUUUGGAUAUUGUGAGAAUACUUCUUCAGCAACCUGGAUGCCUUCGCUCUUCUUCGUCAGUAAGCCCUCUACUCUGGUCAGCAUGUCGAGCUGGGCACUAUUCGAUGGUGGACUAUUUGCUCAAGCAAAGAUCUAUCGAUAUGAAUCAACCUGGCCCCAACGGCACUUCGCCACUUCAGGCCGCACUCAGUAUGAGAAAGACAAUUAUUGCUCAUCUACUGCUUGACCAAAAACACAAGAUUAGGAUCAAUCAUCAAGACCGGAGUGGCCUUACUGCACUUAUGCAGGCGGCUGGCGGGGGCUAUGAUGGCAUUGUUAAGCGCAUGCUCCAAGAUUUCGAUGUUGAUGUGAAUGCAAUUGAUCAUUCCAGGAAGACAGCAUUGUGCUAUGCUAUACAUGGCAGCUAUGGCAAGACUGUUCGAAUGUUGACUAGAUGCAUGGAAGAUACCACAAGAAAGGAGCCAGAUAUAGAAUGUGACCGUGGUUCGCUCAUCAGCCUUCUCCCUCGAAGGUCCAGCCGCUUGAAAGAGAUGCGUCAUAUGAGUACUUAA